AUGCAGAAUAAUUUACAACCUGUAGCACUUUUUAAUAAAGGAAUUGUAGGAAAUUGGCAAAAAGUUGGCGACGAAAUGAAAAAUGGUGGAUGGCGCGUAAGAUAUAUUGAAGCUACUCAAGCAACUCCUGGAGACAUAACAUUUCCAAAACCAAAUAUAACGUUCUUAUGUUUUAAUAAUGAACAAUGGAAUUCCUAUAACUCUGAAAACGAAAAGAAAGAUAUUAUUCAAAAUUUGGUUAAUCGAAUUAAAAAAGCAAACCAACGCCAUAAAAAAGUGUUUUUACUAAUUUAUAUUGAAAAUGAAAAUACUCAAAUGUUAUAUGAUAUUCAAGCAAGGCUCUUGAUGUGUAACAUUACAAACACCAUCUUGCCUACUCACAAUCCAACCGAAGCAAUGUCAUUGAUGCGCACAAUUUCAGAUGGAUUAUGUCAUGAUAACAAAUCUCUUCAUGUUCAAGGCCUAGAAAAAGAUCAAGAAGUAAAUGAUCCGACAAAUUUAACAAAUACAAAUAAAUGGAUUCAUUUAGUAUCUCAAAUGUCAGCUGGAACAAAAAAACUUCAUUUGCAUGGCAUGUAA